CGUUCCACGGCGUACAAAGCAACGCUGUGCCAGCGAAUGGGCAGCACUUUUGUGAUUCAGUGUGUUUGUUGUUGAUGCGUAGCAAAGCAUCUAAAUUUGAUUUUUUUACAGCUAUCCGUGUGUAGUGAAUGCUUGAGCAUAUUUCAUUAGCCUGCAGCGCGUGACGUCACAAAAAAGGAUUUAAAAUGAAUUACGGCCGUAAAACGCCCUCAACCUACCGAUCGAAUCCCUCGAUGUACUCCCAUGCCACGGGCAGAUCCUCUACUAACUUACAUUCGAAAAUGUCGCGUUCCACGCGAAGCGUACGCAUACCCUGGUACCAGAGGCCACUUCUGAAGAACAAUCAAUACAUUGACAUACAGAAAGGUGCGAUGCUUAUAGGCCUAUUUGCUGUAUUUCUGUCACUCUUUACCAUUGGCACUACCAUCUUUGAUAUCUAUUGUUAUGCCAUGGCUGCUCCAGGAUCCACCCAUUAUGGCUACUAUAUCAUAUCGUACGAGUUUGUGUAUGUUGGGAACAAGCACGUACGCAACAUGCUAAUAGUAUUUGCUUUAUUCUCGCUUAUUAUGGCGCUUAUCAACUUUGUCACCAGCGUCUUACUGUGCGUCGCCUUGCGUAAGGAGUACGAAAAAAAGGUGCUGCCCUGGCUGUGGACCUUUGCCAUCUUCACCGUUUGGCGCGCUUUGGCUCUCAUCUUUUUUGCCAUUGUUAAUGAUUUGUAUUUUGCCUACAAUAUCAUAAUGGUACUGCUUUGGAGCAUCUUUUGUCUGGUUUCCAUCUAUGGCUGGGCUGUUGUAUAUUCGCUGUUCCUUGAACUAGUGGAUCUUACAAAGCUGGAAGAUCUGGCGCACUUACGUAUGGGCACCAUGGCCUCGCUGCACGCAUCCACAGCUAACUCUCUGGCUGGCUCGCGUCCUACAACACCCCACAGUACUGUGUCCACAAUGCCAGUGGGCUAGAUAAUGUGUUGCUAAUAUUCUAAGCACAAUGAUACCGUCCGGUGGAAUGUUACACAAGGCAACCGUUCCACAUUCAUCAGUUUAGUGCCUUAGAUGAGUUUAAACAAUGUCUAGUACAUAUCAAAAACGAAUUGCAAUUGCUAAUUUUUAUACAUGAAUGCAUAGUAUUUAUAUUUAAGUCUCAUUCCGUCCAUUUACAUACAUAUAUGUAUAUGUAAUUAUGUUUAUUUAAACAAUCUUGUUGUUUAAGAAAUCUCCAUCUCCAUAACAAUAAUGAAUGCAAAUUAAUAUGUUGCAAUCAUACAAUUUUUUAAAGCCUUUUGGAUCAUUUAUACAUUUCUCUGCCAAUUUAGCCUAACGCCUGUUUUUUUUUUAAGGACAAAAUUAAAAAAUAUGUUUUCUUUUGUUACUUGUGUAAUCAAAAGGGUUUCAAUUAUCAUCUAUAUGUAUAAACAUGUUUUUCCUGACUCACUGCAUUGUGAUAAAUGCCUUGUCAUAAUAAUUAAAUUUUCCACAAUGGGAAAUGUUUGGAAAAGUUUCACUUAAAAUUGAAGCAAAAAUCCGACAAAUAAAGGUGAGGAAUAUUUAGAAAAUUGUUUAAGCUCAAUUUUACAAGUUUGUCCCUAGUAAUUACUUAGAAAUCAAAUUAGGUUAUAUCGUGAACUUUCCAGAUGCAUAACACUUUUUUCUAAGAAUGUCUAAUAAAAAAUGUUUAAUCUUUUAUGGGGAAAAAAUAACGAAACUAACACAGCGCAGCAUACAACAAAAUCGCAAUUUAAAAUAAAAUAUCGAAUUCAAAAAGACACGCACACGAAUGUGUGUGUGUGUGUGUGUGUAUACUUUAA